UGUGUGUGUGUGUGUGUGUGUGCGCGCGCUGCUCGUCGCUGUGAACUCACGCUCUCUGUGUGCACGUGGACCGAAGCUGCGGGACUUUCUACUCAACACUGUGCGCUACACUGUAGCUGAGGAGAUACGGUACCGUCUGCUUUACGAAGAACAUGACGCAUUUUAAUAAAGGACCAGCUUACGGACUGUCCGCUGAAGUCAGGAGCAAAAUUGCUCAGAAGUAUGACCCACUAAAGGAGGAGGAGCUGCGUUUCUGGAUUGAGGAAGUCACAGGAAUGUCUAUUGGAGAGAACUUCCAGAAAGGGUUAAAGGACGGAGUCAUUCUCUGCGAGCUGAUUAACAAGCUGCAGGCCGGUUCAGUGAAGAAAAUCAACCUGUCACAGUUGAACUGGCACAAGCUGGAAAACCUCGGCAAUUUCAUCAAAGCGAUCCUGGCCUAUGGUUUAAAGCCCAAUGACAUCUUUGAGGCCAAUGACUUGUUUGAAAACGGGAACAUGACUCAAGUCCAGACCACACUACUCGCACUGGCGAGCAUGGCCAAGACCAAAGGCAUGGACACAAAGAUCGACAUCGGUGUGAAAUAUUCAGACAAACAAGCUCGACAUUUCGAUGAUGAGAAGAUCAAGGCUGGUCAGUGUGUUAUUGGACUCCAGAUGGGAACAAACAAGUGUGCGAGUCAGGCUGGAAUGACUGCUUAUGGAACCAGGAGACAUCUGUAUGAUCCAAAGACUCACACUGACAAACCCUACGACCAGACCACCAUCAGCCUGCAGAUGGGAACCAACAAAGGAGCCAGCCAGGCGGGCAUGUCAGCACCUGGGACCCGCAGAGACAUCUUUGACCAGAAGGUGGCGAUCCAGCCGCUGGACAACUCCACCAUCUCUCUUCAGAUGGGCACCAACAAGGUGGCGUCUCAGAGAGGAAUGAGCGUGUACGGCCUGGGGCGACAGGUCUACGACCCCAAGUACUGCGCCCCCCCAACAGAGCCGGUCAUCCACACCAACGGCAGCCAGGGAACCGGCACCAAUGGCUCAGAGAUCAGCGACAGUGACUAUCAGGCUGAGUUCCAGGAGGAGGACUACCAUGGAGGUUACCAUGACAACUACAGCUCCCAUUACAAUGACCAGGGCAUUGACUAUUAGUGCUGACCUCCAGCUCCAGAGCAGUAUUAACACAUUUAUGUUACCGACACAACAGAGCAAGUCUUUUGCUUUCCUCACUAGUCUUCUUAUUCUCCUGAUGCCUAAAAUCAAACGAUGCCUUGAGUGCUUUCCUUUUUCAUCUGAGCUGCACAGGUUAUGAAGAAGUUGUAGUAGCAUAGAAUAAUCAGAUGCAGACAGAUCCAGUGGUCACCAUGUUUUUAAGCUUAAGAGCUUCAUCUUGUUUUACUAGCCACUUUUUAAAACGUAGUCGUCGUCUUUGUUUGACAGAUGGUGUAGCGUUAGAUGAGGCUGCUGCAUUCCAAUGUUUUUACUCAUGGAGUGAAUGUCGGCGCAUCCUUUCCCAUGUGUAGUCCUUAACGACAGCCCGUCUUUACUCAGCCAGCCACAGUUGGUCAUUCCUUCUCUGUUCUUACCACAUGUAAUCACUAGUUAGUUUCUUUUUCUUCAAAUAAUGGAUGGAUGUCAGUUAGUGCCCAUGACCAAACUGAAGACUAUUUUACAGCUAGACUUCCACGUGCCAUCACAUGACCUGUAUUUUCAUAUCAUUCCCCCUGUACUUCCAAACUGUAUUUAUUGUGGUGAUUCUCAUUGCAAAACAGUCCAUUGUUUCCAUUGAUUCAUAAAGAAAAUGCUAUGAUAUAAAUAAAACCUUAAUUCUUAA